ACCAUGGCCGCCGACGACGCGACCCCGACGCCUCCCCCCGUCGGCCCCCUCAUGACGGACGAGAAGCUCGUCCACGGCAUCAGCGACAAGCCCGCCGGCGACGUGGCCAACCCGGACGUCGAGACGGGCCAGUCGGACGAGGGCCUCAAGCGGGAGCUGCACUCGCGCCACCUGCAGUUCAUCGCCAUCGGCGCCGCCCUCGGCACGGGCCUGUUCCUCGGCAUCGGCGGCGCCCUGUCCAAGGCCGGCCCCGGCUCGCUCUUCAUCUCGUUCCUCUUCCUCGGCUCCGUCGUCUACUCCAUCAUGACGGCGCUGGGCGAAAUGGCUUCGUACAUUCCCGUGACGGGCGCCUUCACCGUGUACGCCUCGCGCUUCAUCGACCCGACGCUGGGCUUCGCCAUGGGCUGGAUCUACUGGUUCAGCUGGGUCAUCACCAUCGGGCUGGAGCUGACGGCCAGCGGCCUCAUCAUCCAGUACUGGACCGAGUCCAUCAGCAUCGGCGUCUGGAUCGCCAUCUUCUGGGUCGUCUUCACGGCCGCGCAGUUCCUGCCCACGUUCGUCUUUGGCGAGAUGGAGGCGUACCUGUCGAGCAUCAAGGUCGUCACCAUUGUCGGCUUCGUCAUCUUUGGCAUCUGCGUCAACGCGGGCGUGGGCGACCAGGGCUACAUUGGCUUCAAGUACUGGCGCGAGCCGGGCGCCUUUGCCGAGUACCUGGUCGACGGCGCCAUCGGCAAGUUUGUCGGCUUCUGGACGGUGCUCGUCACGGCCGGCUUCAGCUUCCAGGGCACGGAGCUGGUCGUCGUCGGCGCCGGCGAGACGGCGAACCCGCGCACGGCCAUCCCGUCGGCCAUCCGCUGGACCUUCUGGGCCGUCUUUUUGCUCUUCAACUGCACCGUCUUCUUCGUCGGCAUCAACGUCCCCUACGACAACCCGGACCUGCAGAACGGCUCGACCAACGCGUCCGCGUCGCCGCUGGUCAUCGUCGCCAAGCUGGCCGGCAUCCAGGCGCUGCCGUCCAUCAUCAACGCCGUCCUGCUCACCGCGGUCCUGUCCGCCGCCAACUCGGACAUCUACUCGAGCAGCCGCAUCCUCGUCGCCAUGGCCGGCGAGGGCCACGCGCCCAAGUUCUUCGGGCGCACCAACCGCUACGGCACCCCCUACUGGGCCGUCGCCUGCUGCUCCGUCUUUGGCCUGCUGGCCUUCCUCAACCUGUCCAACAACGGCACCGUCGUCUUCAACUGGCUGCUCAACAUCACCGCCGUCGCCGGCUUCAUCAGCUGGGCCCUCAUCAACCUGUGCCACAUCCGCUUCAUGCGCGUCCUCAAGUACCAGAACAUCCCCCGCGACGAGCUGCCCUACAAGGCGCCCUUCCAGCCGUAUCUUUCCUGGUUCGGCUUCUUCUUCAACGUCCUGAUCCUCAUCACCAACGGCUUCACCGUCUUCAUCGACUGGGACACGAGCAGCUUCUUUGCCAGCUACGUCAGCGUCAUGCUCUUCAUCGUGCUGUACGUCGGGCACAAGCUCAUUUGCAGGACCAAGAUUAUCCCCGUGUCCGAGGUGGACAUUUCCAAGGGCCGGUCAGGGCAGUGAUGCAUGUGGGAAAUAGCGAGUAAUAUUCAUGCUGUACGAGUGUCAUGAUCUACCGAUAGUAAUUGAUACCCCUUUUAUUGGAAAUUGGAGCUGGAGUUGUGUGUUCCUUAAAGAAUUUCCCUCAGCUGGCACUGUCACAUGUCAGAGAUGCAGCAAACACAUUGUAUUUCGUUUUGUUGGGCAAUUGACUGAAAUCUGUUGGAGAAGACGACAAAUUAGCCUCAAUGGGGGAGGCAAGAUACCCCACGCUCGUCUCAGCUCCGCGAUCGACACUUCGAUGUCAUUCGAGAGAACAGAGAGGACGGGAUUGAAGCAUGUCGUCAGCGUGGCUGCUUAGAAUCAG